AUGACAGUCCCCCCGACCAUCACACCGACAGGCGUGGUUAUCGAAUGUGGCACCGCAAUGCCUGUGGUUGUAAACUUUGUGGAACAACUGUCGGAUCCCAAGAAUCAGGAAAAGGGAGUUUGGGUGGCAGACAUCAGUGGCACUCGACGAGUACUGAAAUGCUGGAAAACUGAGGUAGAUAGACUGUUUGAUAUCGAAGCCGCUGUCUAUGAACGCCUUGAGACAACCCGCUCGAUUGGGCACUAUCUUUUCCCUAUGUGCAUUGCAAGAGGACAAAUAAUAUGCUCCAGCCUGUUUCCGUCAGGUUGGGCAAUUAUCAUGGAAUACCGGGAUGGCGAACGACUUUGUGACAUCUGGCACAGCCUAGAUACAGACGAAAGAGCUUACGUCGAACAAGAAUGUUUCAAGGGCAUUCAAGCGCUUCGGGCAAUGUCUAUUCGUCAUGAUGACCCCGGUAUGCAUAAUAUUCUAUAUGCAAGAGUAGGACUGUCACUCUUCUCGACUUGA